AAAAUGGCCGGUGUGAGAGGUUUCGUGUGGACAGAUGAUGAAGUGGAGUUGCUGCUCCACACAACCCUAAAUUACAAAACCUCAAAAUCACAAGAAAAUGUAGACUGGGAAUCGUGCUACUCAAGGUACGCUGACAUCCACGCUGAAUACCUUGAGCAUUAUCCUGCUAAUGGGACGGCAGAUGGCAAAGACUUUCCGCACGACCGCAGCGCAAUAACGAAGGCCCAGGUAACCGGCAAGCUGAAAGCGGUAAGGAUGAAGUACAGGCAGGCAGUGGAUUCGGGGCGUCGUAGUGGUCAUGGACGUGUUGUGCUCCUGUUUUUUGAACUCUGUGAGCAAAUAUGGGGCGGAUCGCCAGCCACUAGCACCCUGGAAGUAGGUCUCGAAACCGCCGAUUUAGAAGACAGUGGGGCGGACAGCACAGCUUCGAGUUCACGGAGCUCUACGCCCUUGCCAGCCAUGAGCUACGCUCCCAUGGAUGACCCAGGUGCCUCCCCAGUUCAGCUGGAUGUGUCACAAGCCCGUCGGGCUGAGCUUGAAGCAAAGCUGUCCAACCAUAGGAAAGACAGACUGAAGCGGAAAAUGCACUCUGACCCAGCAGUUCUGGAAGAGCUCCAGCUAAAGAGGAGGAUGAUCGACCUACUAGAGGAGUCAGAGAGACGCAACUCAGAGAGACUGGAUAAAAUUUCAGAAAAUAUUUGCAAUAUAACCUCAACGAUUAGAGAUGGCUUUACACUUCUUGGGCAACUAAUGACCCAGCAGCAACAGCCAUACAGUUUUGCACAGGGGCACAUGGGACGAUAUGCACAAGGGCCAUUUGCACACACCCAACAGCAUUUUUUCAGCGGCCCUGCCAGUGCACAGGCACAUAGGGCCCCAACACAGCACAACUCUCAGCACAACUCUCAGCACGGGGACUUUCUGGACUUGUGACAGACUUUGGAGUUUACUUCAUGUACAUAAAUGGGACAUGCAGAUGGUGUGUAAAAAGCACACCAUCUUUUGUAAAGCCACUUUGUACUUGCUCUUUUAACCUUUUUACUAUUUAUGCAUGUAUAGCACUAUUAGUGAUUUUGGUAUUGACAUUUUAUUU